AUGCCGCACCACAAACAAGACGAGUUGUCGGUCGCUGAUGCCAGAAAGGAGGUUCAUGAGGCAUCAACUUCCGCAUCUCCACCACCAGCACAAGAAAAACGUGGCUUAGCCUUGAUAAAUUUCUUCUCAUCCUUCCUCGGCCCUAAGAACCCGCUCGCGCAUCCAGCAGACCCACGCAAACACACGGUGUGGUUGCUAAACAAUACAGCGUACCAGCCCGUAAAUGAGGAGACAGACGAGAUUCAGCUGUGCUGGCACGCCGAGGUAGUCGCCUGCAUUUUUGAAACAGAAGGCCGGAAAGACGUGGGCAACCUCGUCGCUGCGAUCGCAGACUACAUCGGGCUGGAUGGCGAGCUGGGCGGCGACGACGAAGCACGCCAGCGCAUUACAGAGCGCGUUCAGCCCUUCCUCAACCAGGUCUCGCCAGCGCGCACGGUUACACUGCAGGUACCCAUAUCUCGGCCGGCGCAGUCGCACGGACUCGGUCCAUCCGAUCGCAACGGCAUCGUCAGCCAGACGGUCGAUAUGGGCCGAGUGGGGAUCUACGAUGGAGAGGUUUUGCGGCCGCGACUGCAGCAUUUCGGUGACGAGGCUGUGUCGAUGAGCACGACUUUUGCUGCGCCCGAGGGCUGGUUGGUCGUCUCGGAUAUUGACGAUACUAUCAAACACACUAAGACGCUUGAUCCGACGGGAGUUAUUCGUACGACGUUCGCGGAUAUCCCUGCGCCAAUAUCUGGUAUGCCGGAGCUUUACAGAUAUAUCCAUGCUGAGUUUUGUCCUGCGUGGUUUUAUCUCUCCGCGUCACCUUAUAAUCUUUAUCCUUUCCUGCACGACUUCCUAGAUGAACACUACUGCCCGGGUACGCUGGUGCUGCGCGAUUACUCGUGGAUGGAUAUCACGGGGCUUAUCAAGUCGUUCACCGAGAAGACGCAGGAAUACAAGGUUGAUCGGAUGGAGAAGAUUCGGCGGUGGUUCCCGCGUCGGAGGGUGCUUUGUAUUGGGGACUCGACGCAGAAGGAUCCGGAGGCUUAUGCGGAGAUGUAUAGUCGGUAUCCCGACUGGAUUCAUGCUAUCAUUAUUCGCAAGGUUACGGAUGUGGCACAUAUGGAAGAGAAGAAUGAACCAGAGAGGUUCGAGAAGGCGUUUGAGUAUGUGCCGUCGCAUAUUUGGACGGUCUUUGAGGAUCCGGAGGAGUUGUAUGAUUUUGUUGAUGGACUGGGUAUGGAGGACCAGGCUUUAUAG